AUGGAUUUUUCAGAAAAAAUAGGUCCAUCUAAACCACCCCUGGUCGACCUGCUGGAAAAAAAGGGGAAACAAGCAAUUGUUUUGGGAGUGCUGUGCGAGAAUGGAAUUCCGAAUGAAUCCAUCGAUGUUAUUGUCUCGGGAAGAAAAGAAUCGGAGCAAGUGGAGGAUUACCAUGCCGACAACUUUUCAAAGUAUAUGAAAACGAUGAUCCCGGCCAUUGCAAGAGAAGUUCGAAUUCAAGGUAGAACUAGUGUUCUGGUUAUGGAUAAUGCUCCAUACCAUAACAAAACCAGUGAAAAGAUUCCUACGAGUACAUCGAAAAAGGAAGAGUAUUGCUCGUUUCUUCUGACAAAAAAUGGGAAGGUUUUUCAUCCUAGAAUAAAAAGAAAAGAACUUUGGGAAUCGGUCAAGGAUGUGAUCGCGAUGAAUGAAGAGCGCCUUCGGAUGAGGAAAUAUGAAAUUUACGAAUGGGCACGAACAGAGCAUGGAGUCGAGAUUGUCCGGUUGCCGCCAUAUCAUUGUUCGUUGAAUGCCAUCGAACUCGUUUGGGCGCAGUUGAAGAACCAGUUGAAAAGCAUUGGAAAGACGACGGACAAAUUGGAGACAAUAAUCGAAAGAACACGCUCAUUUUUAGAAAAAUUCUCACCUGACAAAGCUAUUGAUCUUCUCAAUCAUGUGAGGAAACACGAAGAUGCGAUGCGUCAGGCGAUUAUUGAUGGAACCAUAGUGAGCAACGAUGAAUCGGAUUACAAAGAAGACGGAGACGACGAGCUAGAUUAUAUUGAUGAAUAG